CUGAGGUGAUAACUAAUUUCAGUCAUCAACGAUUACAAUGAGUUAUUCUCAUGCAGUGGUUGUUGGGGUCCCUAAUACAAUCAAAUCGGAUAGUAAGAAGACCAUUGCAGCAGAUGCGCUCAGGAAACAAAGUGAAGGACUCGUCGAAACCUUACGUGAAGCUGGAGUUUCGAUCAGCGAAUUCUGCCCAGCGAAUGGAUCUUCCGUCUCAAGUUUAUUCGUCGGUGAUGCUGCUGUGUCCGUUUAUGGGACUACACUGCUUUGUAGACCGAAAAAACCUGGCAUUUCCCAACAAGAGUUACGACGUAUCUUACCAAAGUGCUGCCGGACCAUUCAAGAAUGUCCCGAAUUUGUUGAUGGGAAAGCCGUGGUCCUAGAGGGAGGAGACGUCUUCUUCACUGGCCAGGAGAUUUUUGUGGGGAUCCGCAAACAUGGAACAAAUUUUGACGGAGCCAAAGUUGUAGCAAGAGUAUUUUGUGACCACGCCGUCAUACCGAUACAUAUGUCAGAUAAGGCACAGAGUCUGAGGUAUUAUGUUUCACUUGUUGCUCCUGGUAUACUAGCAAUCGGAACAAGUAAAGAAGCUCAAAAUAUUUUGAAAGUUCUUGAAGCCGAAACUAUGUUACGAUACAGAAUAAUACCAGUUAAGGAUGACGAGGGUGUGAAUUGCAUCUUAGUGAACAAUCGACUCAUUUUUCACCAGAACCGGGCAGCUGCAAAGUUCACUGCAUUGCAAUCGAAUGGUCUUGAACUGUGGACCGUGGACGUCCCCGAUUUACUCAAGGCUGGAGCACCACUUCCACGUCAUAUUCUCCUCAUACGAGAGCUGCAAACAUGCUGUCUCAUUUCUUUGCUUUGUUGGAAGACACUAGUCUAGCGCCGAGUCAAGCAGGUGGUUUUGUUUUGGACUCAAGUGCACGAUAGAUUACCAGUUAAAGGAACAGAAGAAUACUCUGUUGGUAGAUGCGACGGAAGAGGAACAGGGAAAAUGUAGAGUUCAGUCGCAAAUGAAGGCGUAGCCCACAACGCUAACAGCGGCGCGAGCUUGUGGAGCAGAAGGAUAUCGUACAGUCGUGCGCCUUGGGCGCUGCAAGAAUAUUGUUUGCUUCUGCGUUGCGUUCGUUCCAGCUCAGACGAGCACUUGUCAUUCUUAUGUUGCUUGAAAACAGUGAUGAAUUCCUAUAUAAAGCUGCACGCGCCAGGCUGACGCCGUUUACCUUGAACGGGCAUCGCUUUUGUCUGUGAAGUACAUCUUUUUGAGUGCUCCUCUGCAUGAAUAAAAAAUGCAGUGAAACAUUCGAUCAAAUGUUGUUAGCUGUUAGCACUC